AUGCAAUCAGUAAUACAGGCCCGUAGUUCUUCCUUUAUAAUAGUGCGAAGGUCGGAACGCGAUAGACAAGACGGCGAGCAGCAAGUAUUCGCAUCCUUAGUGGCGCGAAGCUCAGUAGUCCCGCGCUUAGUCGCGUUAACAUUAGCACGCGAGCUAGGCGACAACAUCGGCCGGACUGGCGUGUUUGAGUUAUCACUCUUAGGAGCCGGACAUGACCAUUUCGAUUUGGUAUCAGUAGUAAGGUUUUUAAACUCUUUAUUGGAUAUGCUAACACAAAGAGUGUGGUAA